UCGCUGACCUUGGAUCUGAUUUCUACUCGUCUCCUCACUCUCACUAAAAGAGGUGGUGGUGUCAAUCUGAUCCCAGGUCGGUGUUUUUCGCGCGCUUCCAGUCGGUAACCACGUGUCUCUCUCCGGCCUGCCAGCGGACCAUGUGGAGCAGCAAGAUGGCGGUGCGGUGGAGGGGGAAAGACGGGGAUUUAAAUGCCGGCAACAGCGACUUUCUGACCAACAACACUCCCAAUGAGUUGGUCCUGAGUAGAAGUGACAUGGACGGCGUGGAGAUGGACGCACAGUCCUGCAUGGAUCACUCAAUCCUGGCCAUUUUUGAAGACUCUACUGUCGCUUCAGAGGAUAAGAGUGGAGCGGAGGAAGAGAGUGAGACCCUGCUGUCGGCCCUGACCGAGAUGCUGGACAGUGUGGAGGAUGACGACGUGACUCUGUCUCCCUUCGACACCCUGCCAGACACCCAGCUCCUCACCCACACAGAGCACAGGGAUCACUCAGUGGAACUAUCACUUGCUGAGAGACUCAGACCAAGAUCCAAAUCAUCAAAUGUGACAUUCUCAAUAAAGAUUGAUGGAGACAAGGAAGAUGAGAGCAAAAUGGAGAGAAACGGCCCCCCCGAGCGGUUCAGAAAACAAAGUCAAACAUUGUUUCACUCCAAGAAGCAGAAAGCAGAGGCUGAAGUGGAGAUCUUCACCUCGACUUCUCUUGUCAACCUGGUGAAGCUCAUGCACCCGUACUGCCUGAAGCUGCGUGUGGAAGAAGAGGGGGUUGAACUGAGGAAGGAUCAGACAUUCUCUCAGGAGGAGGUGUGGAAGUAUGAGAGGCCCAGCGAAGAGAGCGAUGAAGAGAUAAAUGUUGUGUCUGAUGACGAAGUAACUCUGGAGGACACAAAGGAGGAAGAGGCAAGAGAUGAAAAGAGAGAUAAUGACAACCUGUUAAAGAGCGGGUUGCAGGACAAAGACUCAUCCAUAACUCCGCCAUCCAGAGAGAAGAAAAGGGUGAGCUUUGGCCCCGUUCAAGUGGUUUCAUUUGCUGAAUCAGUGGAAAAGGAAUUGAAUGAGAAAAAUCUAACAAGUGGGCACACGAGUGAAGGUGUGUCAGUUCCACUGAACUGCACCAAAGCACUUGAAAACCCGGCUUGCUCAGCACCCCAAACACCCCCCACAGAAAUGAACAGCAGCAAGGCCGAGGUUUUGCCACUCAGAGGUGAGACGAAGGGCAAAUCACUCAGCCUCCAAGAGUACAGGCAGCUGCGCCAAAAGAGACAGCCCCUGGUGGAGAAACAGGGGAACUACACCACCAAGUGGCCCUGUGUUUCUGAGACCCCCAAGGAGCUGACCCCCAUCCUCUGUUUACAGGGACAACGACAAAACAGCUGUGGACCAAAUGCAGCCCAUAAUCCAGACGGUAGAAGAAGUGGUGCCGAUCAGCUCCAUAGAUCUCAAACUCCUGGUCACAAUGGCAUCUCUGCUGCGCCGAGGCCACACCCCUCGGAGGCCAAACCAUCCUCUCAUCUACGUCGCAGCGGAUUAAAGCGCCCAAGGACUGAAUCUAAGAUCCUCCCAGCUGCCGGUCAGCAGCCAGAUGUCACAGCAGAUCCAGAUAUUUCUGUGCCUGAAAGCAAAAAAAGUCCAGUAAAGAAGCCAACACUGCUCAGUAGUGAUCCCCCAAACCCUGUCUUCCUCCCCUUGCCAGUUAGCCGAACAAUAUCCCCAACCACUGACCACUCCUCAUCAGAGUCAAAAGUGGAGUUCUUAAACUCCAACCCUCGCACCACGCACUUUCCACAAAUCCAAAAUGAAUCCUCAGACACAUCUCUUCAAAGACAGACGGAGGUGUUGUUAGUAAAGCAGGGCUACACCACCCUGUUCCAGGAAAUCAAAAACAAGCUUACUGAGAUAGCUUCAGGUGUCUCCUCCCAACCUCAAGCACUGUGCCUUACCUCAACACAACUCAAAUCUUCCUCAGACUGCAGGAGACCGCAGCCUCAAAGAUGCAGUCCGAACCAGACGAAAGAAGCCAUGCUGGAACCAAAGUCUCCUCUAUCACCAAGUCCAGAUACAGCGAGGGGGAUAAAGUGUCAGCCGCCUGCUCCCGUAGAGGCUCCUACACCAGUAAAGGAGACAUUAUCCGAGGUUCACCCCAGUGUUUCCCCGUCUGAGGAACCAGCUGACUCAGGAAUCGAGGCGCCUGAUCUGACCAGCCUGCUGGAACAGUUUGAGGAAACGCAAGCGAAAGUGGAGAGGGUGUGCGAGAAGGAGCCGGAGCCCAAACUUGCUACUUCACCUUCAAACGUACAGACAGAUGGACACUUGGACAGAAGUCAGCCUGUAGGAACACAACGAGCAGCUGUGGAAGAACUUGAACCUUUAAGCACUUCAGAAUCACCUGGGAAUCCAAAAACCUUUGGGGACUCGCCACAUCUUCAAACGUCGGACGGUGCGGACAUCCCAGAGCCCCUCAGCACUGAAAUCAUCCUCAGCACUCAAGAUCUGCCAGCAAGACGCAAAAAUCCCCCAUCCAAGGCUAUUCAGAUAAUCGACCCCCGUCCUCUACCGUCCAGGAAGACGCACCCGAACCUCCCAGAGCUCCUCCCUGCUCGUACAUCUCCUCACAUGUAUUCGUCUGUAUUCUCAGAUCAUGAUUACUGCGGGUCCGUAGACCGCUCACUUACGAGUGCUCCUCAGCGCAGCAGAGCCUCUCAACUCAAGGAUGUAUCUAAAACCUCUGAGUUGCAGGUGACCCAUGAAUCAAGUGCUAAAAAACAGACCUCCACCUGUGAGGUUAACAACACCAUCAGGGCUGUGGAUAACUAUGCAAAGUCUGUGAUGCAGGAUCUCUCUGAGAAACCCAGCACCAGAUCAGGGACGAGCCCGUCCACAGACAAAGUCCUUUCAGACGGCGCUGCCACAGAGCCAGACUGCGCUUGUGCAGAUGAAGACAAGAUGGCCCCGUGCACUCUGCCCACUCCCCCACCCAGCCCUCCUGCCAGAGGGAGGGAGAGGAGAUACCGAAGAAGAUCUCCUUGUUCGGACUCCAGUUCCAGCUCUCCUUCCUCGUCGUCGUCCUCCUCCUCCAGCUCUGCAUCUCCCUCUCCAAAAAGACAAAAGCGGCGUCACAAGCGUUCAGAGAGCAGUUCAUGUUCGUCGUCAUCCCCCUCUCUUUCCAUUUCCCGCUCCCCACCUCGGCGCUACAGGUGGUCUUACUCAAGAAGGUCGAGGUGUAGCAGGUCACGAUCCAGAUCUUGGUCCACAUCCAGAUCCCGAUCACCAUCCCUGCGGGUUUGCCAUCGGCAGUGGAGAGAUGUUUACAGCAGCCGAGAGUCCAGGAAGCUCAGGAGAGAGCGCGAGAUCAGGAUUCAGAAACUUAAAGCCAUAGAUGAGCGCAGGGUGGUGUAUGUGGGACGCAUCUGCAAGUCUAUGACACACGACGAACUGAAGGAGCGCUUCUCUCAGUUCGGAGAUGUGGAAUGUGUGUCGCUUCACUUUAGAGAUAGAGGCGACCAUUACGCUUUCGUCACUUUCUACAACAUGGAUGAUGCGUUUGCAGCAAUCGAUAACGGCGGCAAACUACGGAAGCCCAAUGAGCUGCCGUUUGACAUCUGCUUUGGUGGAAGAAGACAGUUCUGUAAUUCGCACUACGCGGAUCUAGACGCAAACAAAGAUGCAGAGCCGUCUCCUGCCAACAGCAGGUUUGAGGACCUUGACUUUGAUUCGUUGCUGAAACAGGCCCAGAGAGGAAUAAAGAGUUAGCAGAGCCGUGUGGGAGGACAAGAACACCAAGCUAGAUGUGGCAAAGUUAAAAAAGAACAUGUUUUAUUCUCAUGAACCUCAGAGCCGUAUGGCUCUUAUGUAGCAAUCUUUUGUAUGUUAGUUUUUUCAUGUUUCCACUCUAACGCAUGCGUUAAUAUGUACAAAUAUGUAGCACUGUUAAUUUGAUAGCAUGCUGUCUACUAAAGAGUUAAAUUCCAUAUCACUGGUAAAGUUUUGUAUAUUUGUAUAUAAACAAAAUAAAGGCUCUUAAUUGUG